AUGUCGACGCCGAUACCAAAUUCGACACCAACGGCGACCGUGAUACCGAUCCCGAAUCCGACGACGCCCAAUUAUCCCGACGACAUUCAAUGGAUCACGGCGUAUCUAGUCAUACAUAUGCUGAGCCCGGGCUCCUUCUGGUAUGCCUACCUCCUGUGGUUCGUUGUGGCAGCCAUCUUCCUUCUGUACAUAUUUCUGCGCUGGACAGGUUCAGGAGGGUAUCUAGGUGCGCGAUGGAAUAAAUGGGCCCUUCGGAAACGAACUUGGCGAGGUCAGCAUGCUCUAGCUAUCGCGAAGAAGAGGGGAACUCGUCCCCAGCCGAAAUCACUCCCCUCCAACGGUCAAAUAUUCUGCACGAUUGUCCUCUUCGUUGCCGUCCUUCUGUUAUGCUUUGUUGGCCCAGAUUACAUAGGCCGCAGCCAUUCCUCCAUUUUUGCCCGAAGGGACGGGCGAAGACCCGCUUACAGUAUCUCCGACUUCAUCCACUUACAACCUCAAUACCAAAUCAACAAAGCUUGGUGGACGUCAGGUAACAGGACGGGUGUACUCGCAUUCGCGCUCCUACCCCUCUGCGUCCUGUUCGCUUUGAAGGCACCCCCAUUCGCCCUUUUCGCGAUCCCUUUUACCACCCAGUUCUAUUUUGAUAAGUUGUCCUGGCUACAUCGGUGGUCAGGAAGGUUGAUAUGGAUGGUAUCCGCCCUGCACGUCCUGCUGUGGAGCGUACAGCUGAGCCUGGACCGACGAGAAGGAACUGGUGUAGCACCAUACGUCUACAUUUGGCGAUAUCCUAAGUUUAUCUACGGAUGGACGGCAUUCAUGACAAUGACCGCACUCAUUGGACUUUCCACUUCGGCUCUGAGGAAACAGUAUUACCAAGUGUUCUACGCCUGCCAUAUAAUGCUCGUCCCUCUCACCAUAAUCAUGGCCGCUUUACAUCACCCCCCUGUUUGGUGGUGGUGUUGGGGUGCUUUGAGUCUUUGGGUAGGGGAGCGUAUAUGGAGAGCAACUUGGUGGCUUUACAACAAUGGGUUUCUGGGGUCAUCAUUAGGCCGCACUUCCAAUCGCAUGAGACUAGACGCAUCUUAUCCAGAAGCGCACUACGGAAGGGGCAAGCGCCACAUCUACCCUCCGUUACGGUCGUCGUAUGGAAUGGUUGCCACUGAAGAUUCGCCGUUCCUCAGCUUAGAAGGCGUGCACUCAUACACACCUCCACCAGGCUUUUCCUAUGCUGAACUCCUCUCUGGAUCGACCGUCCGGCUAACUUUUCUACCUCCUGGGCCCCUCGCCUGGGCCCCUGGACAACACUUCCUUCUCACCAUCCCAUCGAUUUCACGGCUCGAUACUCACCCUUUUACUGCUGCAUCUAUCUGUGACGAACAGGCAAGCACUGCGGCUGGACGUGCGUUGGUAUUCUACAUUCGUGCCAAAGAGGGAUGGACAAAGGACCUUUGGAACCACGUUUUCGCCAUGUUAAGCCACGGCGAAACUCACGUAGCAAGCGAAAAAGUGCCCUUCUCCGAGCAAGUCCCCAGCAACGGUGUCUUGCUGAGAACGCUUGUUGAUGGUCCUUUCGGGAGUUCAAUCCGUACGCAAUGGAGACAAUAUUCGACGGUCUUAGUAGUUGUUGGUGGAUCGGGAGUGAGCUUUGGCGUGUCUAUUCUUCAGUUCUUGGCUCUAUGCCUUGCUGGACGAGACGGCAAAUAUUUGGGAGGGCAUCCUGGGGGCUGGGGUUCGAAGGACUUUAAGGUGAGGCGCGUACGGUUCGUCUGGAUCAUCAGAGAAUAUUCCCACGUUCAAUGGUGUGCCUCCAUUCUGCAGCACUGUAUGACAAUGAUGCCGGCACCGAGUCUCGAUGUAGACAUCUUCGUCACCAACCCGACAACGUCGCUGCCAAAGGAGGUACCUACUACUGGUGAUAUCGAGUUACCAAAUAUCGUUUUUGAAGCCGCAUCUGAGGGCGGUCAUCAUUCAGACGAAACGGGGCGCAAGAGGAGGGAUUCAGUGGGUUCGGUGGACAGUGACUAUCAUCAGGACGAUUACAUCGACCCAAACCCUGAUAUCACCACAUACGGCGACGAAGGGAGCACAGAGUCGGGGAACACGGUUUUGUGCGAGAUUUACACACUUUACCUGACUAACUUCGAGGGCGACCAAGAUAUACGGCUGCCAGGCGAAGCUGCUCUAAACAAGAGCAUUCGAAAGAGCGGGAAAAUGCGUAGAGCGAAGUCACGGAUGGCGAAGAAGGAAGGGAAUGGUGAACUUGUCAAACCCAUGCCGUCGACCUCUAAGGGUGCAAUCACGCAGUUCCAGGCCUCAUCUCCUGACGGGCUUCUAUCGCCUACCUGGAGGACCGCGAACCAGAUAGCGGAGAGUCUGAAGGACACUGCAUAUCGGCCACUUUCGUCGUCGAGGCCCACGUCUCCUCGUCAUCCUCCCGAUCCUCGUCUUCAGCAACCAUCGCCCUCGCCGUCCAAAGUGUUUGAUGGAGAUUCAGAGGCACCGCCUGGAGCCCUUCAAAUCCUGGUUGACGCUCGAGAGAUGCACGACAUAUCAGUCGUGUCCGAACACGCUAGAUUGGGCAAGCCGAAGCUGGAUCGUAUACUUGCCGACGAAGUUCGGAUGGCUCGAGGACCUGUCAUCGUAGCCACUUGCGGCCCGGCUUCACUGAAUGCCAUGGUCCGGAAGGAAAUCGCGAAACAAAUAGAUCCCGCUAAAAUCAGGGGAGGGGAUAUGAGCGGAUUCAUCGAUCUUGUUUCUGAGGAAUUUGAUUUUUGA